CGAUACACGCCAGGUACACGUUCAGUGAGGACCACCAUGUUCAAGAAGUUUCAUGCAGCAACCGAUAUCUCGGGGCAGACACCGGUCAAGUCUUCGGUGCAGAGAUCUAUCCGAUCCGCUCUCCUCACCCAGUGGAUAAUCGACGCGGAAACCCUGGAAUCGAUAUGGCCGAAGAAGGAGACUCUUGUGCAUGUCAAGUGCAGAGAUCAUAUCUCCAUAUAUGCUGUGCAAGGCGAACCACUGUUCUUCCAGCACUUUGAUGAACCCUUGUACCCGACGCUAAGACUACUCCAUAAGUAUCCGUUCCUUCUUCCUAAAGUCGGAAUAGACCGAGGCGCCAUCCGUUUCCUUCUCGCAGGCGCGCACAUGAUGUGCCCCGGACUGACCUCCGCCGGUGGCUGGCUUCCUCCCAAGGAGAAGGCGCUUCCUGAAAAUACCCCCGUCGCGAUAUUUGCGGAGGGAAAGGAGCAUCCUGUCGGCAUUGGGAUCACGAAGCUUAGCACUGAGGACAUCAAGCGCGUCAACAAGGAUGUGGGAGUAGAAACAGUCACGUAUCUUGGGGAUGAGCUCUGGAGUUUGGUGAAGAUAUAGUCUUGGAAGCGCGUGCAGAUGCAGACCUCCAAUGUAUCAUAUCUGUAUCAAUCAUAACUGUACUCUGAUAACGACGAGCUUGGGUUCCCG